GGACCAGUCAUAUAGACUCAUGUCUUAGCUAUACAUGUUGCUGUCAGUAGGCAAUAAUGCUUGCAUCUGCGCACAUUUUUCCAGAUUGAAUUACGUGUAAUUGGGAUCAUUGGUUAAUUCGUCCCCAUUUGGUUAUUUAGUUUUUGAGGUUUUAAAAUCUCCUUGUCGGAUAUGCGAGUACGAUUUAUUUCCCAUUGGGCCUUUGCCUGGUCUUUGAUCGGUUUUUCAAAUGCGCUCGCAGUAAGGAUUUUGACAGAAUCACAUUCAAACAAUUCAUACUUUUGCCUCCGGACGAACUCCACUGACGAAGGACACACGCGCCUCACAUUCUUACGAAAUGCCAUGGAUGGAAGCUAUUCCUUACUUACAUAUACGAGUGUAUGGUCUUUGGAGACCAGGCAGCUUUUAGAAUGUGCGAUUGAUAACAAUCCAGUAGUUGCUGGAACUUAUUUAUCUCGUUGCGCCGAACACUUGGAGAGCCACGUGGAAUUCAGUUUUAAUUUCAGCUUGUUGUUGAACCCGGACGGCCCUUGCGAGUUGAAUCCAACUGUCGAAUUGAACUUUCCAAUAAGUGACCGAUCUCAGCAUCGCAAUAAUGUGGACAUAAAAUCCCGUAAGAAACGCGCUUGGGUAUUUCCAGGCACGCUGUGGUGUGGCAGAGGAAGCAAAGCCAGUGGUUAUGAACAGUUGGGAAUGUUUGAGCGAGCAGACCAUUGCUGCCGCGAACACGACCACUGCAGAAACACCAUUCACGCCUUCACGGUAAACUACGGAGUGUUCAACACCAACUUCUACACUGUCUCACACUGUGAAUGUGACCACAGUUUCCGUCAGUGUCUUGUGAGGGUGAACGACACCAUCUCCAACAUGGUGGGUUACAGCUUCUUCAACAUCCUCAGGGUACCCUGCUUCGAGCUCACCCAGAGAAGACGUUGUGUGAAGCUGAACUGGUGGGGAAUGUGCAAGAUAGCUAAGGUGGCCCCAUACGCCGUCUUCAAAAAGCCCUCCCCUUUCAACAUCACCCAAAUCCCAGAUCAACAAGCCGCCUCCCACAAGCCCGCAGUCGCAGAAGGAGCUGCUUCCUCCCCAAACAGGAAGCUCCUUAAGAGGCUGAAGCCCAAGGGCCCCCCUGGGCGCUGCACCUCGCCGCGAGGAGACACCUUCCUGCCCAGACCCAAAAAAUGGAAAAAAUGCAAAAGGAGCCGGAAAAUCCCCCCGACUCGAAGCAGCGCGCUCCAGAAACGCGUGACCCAGACCGCAGAGCCCUCAACACGGACGAGAGCUGAUGACAACACACUCACUACCCGGGGAGUUGCUCCCACCACACACACGAAGACAAACAUGGCCAAAAGGGCUAGAAAGGGCAAGAAAAAUAAGUUGCCUAGAACUGAAUCCAAAACCGUCCCUUCACGGUCAGGUCAAACCAGGCCACAGGCGGCUACGCAGACUAAAAAGCAGGCAGGCUCUGCAACACUAACAACAAUGCUUCCAUUGUUCAAAUCCACACGCCAAUCAACAACCACCACAACAUUCACAGUUUCAAACCCCAAAAGCCACAAACGGACAAAGGGUUUCCGGAAACGUCACCGAUGUGGACCCAGAGCCCCUCCGCGAGGAGACAGCUUUCAGCCACGCCGCAAAGCUUGUUUACAGGACAAACCCCCCCCAACUGCCGACCGACUGUCCACGUACGCAACGGCAUUACCCUUCACGAAGAGCAGAGCAUCAACUCAGAUUAUCAUACCUUCACCUAACACAACAUCAUCCCCACCUAAGAAGACCUCAUUGACAUUACCCUUCAUGAAGAGCAGAGCAUCAACUCAGAUUAUCAUACCUUCACCUAACACAUCAUCCCCACCUAAGAAGACCUCAUUGACAUUACCCUUCAUGAAGAGCAGAGCAUCAAUUCAGAUUACAAUCCCUUCACCUAACACCACAUCAUGCCCACCUAAGAAGACCUCAUUGACACUAUGGAGGAAAAAACAUACUGAGACUGUCCCCUCCUCGAAGACCUGGGCCAAGCCUCAGAUACAAAUGACAUCAUUUCCUGUUGGGUUUAGAGAACCUCUCCAAACAACGAACUUGUCUUCACCCAGGGAGAAGACAGACCUGUUCACAACAGAGGAGUCAAUGAAGCCAGGUGAACUUUUAGUGGUGAAAAGGCAUGACAUGACAAGUAAGAUAGGCACCCACCUGCAGCGACUAAAGCUGCUGUUUGGCGUCAGGAGGAAGUGAACACUUUCUUGACCCCAGCCGGUAUGUGUACAUAUACAGAGACAAGCACUCCUUCCUGAAUGCCUGUUUGGCAUCAAGCUUAUUUCAUUUCUAGGCCCUAUGAAUGGAAGACAAGAGAUUAAUACUUCAGGGUUGUAUGUUUACCAGGUAUCAAUAAAGCCGUUGAAUAAAAUAAAAAAUUUACAUAACCUUGUAAUGCAGUUGCAUUGAAUCAUUUAUUUUUCUGGUAAGUCGGAUUGAUGUAUUAUCAAAGUGCCUUCUUACAUGCUUGGAGAUUUUGGAGUGCAAUUGUAAACAAACGU